AUUGGACUACUUUGGUGCCGAAAAAUUGGAGCAAGCCUAUUGUUGUCCGAAGCCCAGAUUAUCUAAAAGCUCUUGAAGAACUAUUUGCAAAAUAUUCAUCACGCGUCGCUCACAACUCAAUUAUUGUACUGUUUACGCUUGCAAUAUUACCACAAGACUAUCCAAAUCCAACGGUAUGCACGCGGGCUACAAUGUGGGCGCUACCUGAUAUAACAUCAGUACUUUUUAUUGCUCAUCAUUCAAAGAACGAUCUGGAAAAAAUUAAAAAAAGGACAGAUCUUAUUUUUAAGUCACUUAAAGCUUACUUGAAGCGAGCACCAUCACUUAAAGGAGCUGCUUUAGUUAAACUUUCAUCACUGCGAAUUCAAUCAGAACUUUGGAGAGGUUUCACGAAUAUUACAACUGCAGCAAAGCGUCUAGAGUCUAUGGAUAUAACAUCUGACAAUUGGUUCGAAAAUAUGUUGAAAAUAUUUGGGAGGAAUAGAGUGGACCCUGAAUUUAUGAGUAUGGACGCAAAUUCACACGAUGCAAUCUACCGCACAGAAUUUGUAUUAAGUCCGAUCACUGCUCUAGUGGCUGUUUUGAGGCGUUUGAAAGGCUUUUAAGGUGUUUUUGGACGCUGGGAGUGCCGUAUUUUUGGGUAGCGGUCGCCCCUCGGCAGGCAAUGGCAAACCCCAGAGUGAAUUUCUGCCA